AUUAUUUUGAACCAAUUCAACCUCAUAGUUUUUUAGAUUUGCACAAAGUAACAAUGCGAGAAACCAGUGGUCGUACUAUUAAGGGUGUACGCUAUAUUUUGUCCAAACGGUUUCAUUGUAUUCAUAGCCACACUGUCAAAUUAAAGCAAGAGAAACAUAACAAUAGUGAAACCAAUAUAGAAAGAACACGAAUGCGUGACACUAAUUGUUCAGCAACGUCAAGUAUUCAACUCCUUAAACGAACAGAUCCUUAUCCAUGCAUUAUCACUUUAUAUUUUCAUCAUAAUCACCCUCUUGGAUCUAGCCAUGUCACGGGCUUCCGUCCAAUUUCAGACAAAACAAAAGAUGAACUCUUUAAGCUCUUUGAAAAUGGGCAUAAUCCUAGUAGCGCAUACCAUACAUAUUGGGAACAACUACAGAUAAAAUGUGAUAAUGAUGAAGAAAUUCUAGCCGAUAGAGCUAUUGCUCCCUGUAAAAAUGAUGUUUUUUAUCUUUAUAAAAAACAUCGUGACCAAUAUUUAGGUGCACAAAAUGGAGAAGAUAUGUUCGAUCGGUUGGAAAAAGAAGUCGCAGAAUUUAACCAUAAUAAUAAAGGAAAUGCAUGA